AUGGCCAAAACAAACGAUUCAACUGCUGCUAGUACUAGCAAUGCUGGUAGAUAUCAAGUACAUCCAGAAAGUACUGACACUACUCCACUGGUUGCACCACCUCCAUACGAUGCAUUCCCAUCAUCCACACCACAGACUCAACCACUGCAGUCGUAUAUAGUUCCUCCAGUAAUAAAUCCUAUGCAUAUCCCAGGAGGUCAUUACUAUGUUCCUGCUCAUAAUCAACAGCCUAUGCCAUCCAUGCCUGGUCUAGCACCUAUGUUGGUGCAUACUGUGCACGUCAACGCAUCCAACCUUCCCAUUGGCUGUCAAGUGACUGAUGGCAGACUGUUGCUUCCUAUUGCUGAACCAGUUAGGAUGUAUUGUCCAUAUGACCGUUGUGAAGUGCUGACAACUGUUGAGCGAACUCCAGGCUGUUUCGCUUACUCCAUGUCUGCAUUCUUAUGCUGUGUCUUUUGGCCUGCCUUUUGUCUGCCCUUUUGCAUGGAUCGUUGUCAGGACAAGAUUCAUCGAUGCACUCUAUGUGGUCAUACUCUAGCAAUAGCUUCAGACUAACUCUCUUCAAAACUUGACCUUUUGGAUGAUCCUGUACUGCUAUUCAAAUAUAUAUUUGUCAUCAAA